AUGGAGGUUGAAAAAGGCGUAGUGCGUCGAUGUGUUUGUUCAAUAGUUAGGCAGUUUGACUACAAAACAAAGGAAAUAAACGCAAAAGCUCUCAAAGAACUUGUGGGAACCGUACGAAGAAUGGAAAGUAUAAUUCCUUCAUUUGUUGAUAUUUUGUUUGAGCAACUCCGUCAAACUGAUUGUGAUGUACGACUUUGUGUUCUGCACGAUUUCCUUGUCUACACUUUGGAAACUGACCCUCUUCAUUACCCUUUGCCUGGACCGCCUGAGGCAGCUUGUUUACUCAAAAAGGAAACAAUUACAAUGCUUCGUUGUUGGAUCGACAAAUUUGGACUGGGUUAUCAAAAAUUGAAAUCACUUGGAAAUUACUUGAAUAAAUCAAAAAGUCUGGAUUGGGAAAAUUCCAAUACUACUUCACAUAUUGAACGGGAGCGUGCUGCAAAUGAGGCUUUCAAACAAGAAGUGAAUGCUCGAAAGGUUGUCGAGAAAAUUACCAAACUUUUUGAUGAGUCACGAGCCGAUAUUGAAAGGAUUCAGGUUGAAGCAUUCCAGUUAUCAGAGCUUUUACUUCCAAAUUUUUGUUCUUUUGAUAACAAAAAAGAAAUUGGUGGUUCUUCAGAAGGAAACGAAAGAUCAUUAAAGACAAAUUCCGUCGACUCACAUGAAGCGUUCCUGCCCAGCACUGAUGUUACAAUAUAUCUUAAACCACAAGUUGAAGUUGAAAAAAGCGCUGACAAUGUUGAUCUAAUCCAUCAAUUGUAUGAAACCACUAAGCAGCUUGAAAAAUGGACUAACAACGUUAACAAUUGGCUUAAAAAACUGUCUCAAAUCGGAAGUAAUACACAAACUUCAACAACCGCCAUUACAAAACGGUUAAUUGAUACAAAAAGAGGAUUAAUGGAGGAACUGGAAAAAUGCAAAGAAUUUAAAAUUAAAGCAAAAACUGAUGGAGAUAUUGAUGGAUCAAGUUCCAUUGAUUCUGAAGAUGAGGAAUUUUUGGAUGUUGAAGAAAAAGAAGGUUAUGAAGCAGAACUAAUGCAAUAUUCAUCUGAAAAUUCAAACAAAAAUGAGGAUCCUCUCAUCUGUUCCACAAUUCCAGGCCCAAGUAAUUAUUAUACACAACACAAAUCUUCUCAACAAUUUGACCAAGCAUUGUUAAUUAGAAAAGAUCAGAAGAAUGAAAAGAACAAUUUAAAUAAACCAAAACGUUUGGCAAUGGGUUUGGAUUUAUGCUAUUGGGGGGAAGAUUCAGGACGUAUAAAUCCUGAAACACAAAGGGUAAAUAAUCAAGUAGCUGAUGAUUGUUGGUGGAGAAAACAUUCUGAAGAUGAUAAUUGCAAUAAUGAAGCGCGUGACAAUUGUGAUGAGAAAUCUUAUGUUCCUAGACAGAUAACAUUUGUUGGUGAACUGCCAAUUUUACAGAAAAUGUGCCGUGCACCAUUACCUAGUGGUAAACUCUGCCCACGAAUGGAAUACGAUCGUUGUGCGUUACACGGGUCGAUCAUUGACCGAGAUGAACAAGGAUUCCCAAUGGAAGAGCAAAUUGAGGCUGAAAAUGCUGACAACAAGAAAGCUGAUAAGAAGAAAGCUGAAGAUGAGGAGGCCUAUAUCCGAGACAUUGAAGAUGCUACUGGCAUGAGAUUAGCAGGAACAUCUUCGAACUCGCUCAAUACCAAAAAGUGCAAUAAAACUGCAAGACAACGACCAAAACCAGAAGGUUUAUUGGGACGAGAACGCUUAAAGGUGUAG